AUUCCACCAAUUUGGCAAGGAUAUAUAAUUGCCUUCAUCGAUUUAAUAAAUGUGAGUGCAGUGGCAAUUUCUACAAGCAUUUUGAUCAAGAAAACCUCCUCUUCUCCUGAAAUGUUUUUCAGUAUGGGUGCUGUCGGGAUAUUUAUCACAGCUGUGGGAACAUGUUUCGAAGGCUUUAAGAGACCAAAUAACCUCCAUGAUGUGUUAUGUAUCAUUGGCUUCAUAGUCGGGAGUAUUGGCUACAACAUUGGAUACAUCAUCACCAUGAAAUUGUUACCUGCUUCAAUUGCUACUAUCAUCUUCACCUUCAAUAUAGUCCAAGGAAUACUUCUACAGUAUACCAUCUUCAAAAGUAGCUACAGCGGGCAUUCCAAUAUUUUAGAGCUACUAGGUUGUUGUUUGGUUAUUUUCAGUAUCGUCCUCAUACCUGUUCAACAAAUCUGUCUUGAUAAAAAUACACACAAACAAACAACAUUACGGGAGAUUGUGCUACCUCUAGGCAAAGAUGUGACUUUGAGGAAAUAUAAGACUUUUGAAUUUCCGCAACUUUACGAGUCAAAAGAACAAAAGUGAGUGGUAGGGUUUGGCUGAUCUCUCUGGACUUCUAGUCUUGAAUUGUGGGAAAAUACCUUUCCAUUCUUACAUAACGACAGAAACUGAAAUAUGAUAUUCAC